AUGGCCACGGAUUUCGAGGCGCGGACUAUAGUGGCAAACGUCCCUGGGCAUGACCGCAUCGAAAAAGCUAAUCCUGCUUGCUACAGCCAUUACUUCGCAAUCCAAACCGUUAUUCAGCAACAUCCCAAUAACGACGAGGAGUAUCAGACACGGACGGCAACAACAAACGUCGCAAUGCGUGAUCUCGUCAAGGCCCACCUGCUACAGCUUCCACUGACAAUCGAAACGGUAAUCCAGCAACAACCCGAGGCUGCAAAGAGCAUCAGGCGCGUAAAACCUCGAAAGCUUCCUCGGACACAAGCUACAAUCACAAGCACCACUCCUAUACAUGAUCGCAGAGCAAUGUUUGCGAGGCCACAAGUCCCCUUGGAAGAGAAGGUUAAAUCCGCGGGUUCCCGUUCGACACCUCAGUAUUUCCAGCACUUCGCUUCGUCUGCCAUUAUCACGAAUUACAGCGCGAAAGGCGAAAGCCUAUCACGAAAAUGUUUCAAACCACCUUACAUUCCUCCACCACCCAUCUCCAACUUUGCCAUACUCGCUCAAUCGCCAUGA